GGAAAGGGAAAGAAAGACGCCGCCGUUUCCUUCUAGAGUAAAACUUCAUGAGCUGAGCGCGUGCUUCUCCUCCGUUUCGGCUUUAUCACAGCAUCAGAACCGGAGUGACUCAGACCGGACGUCGACGCUGCGCGUGGGAAUCUCUAAUCUCGUCCUGGUCCUGCAAAGUGCACUGAUUUAAAUGAAAUUGGAAUUUUUAUUUAUUUAAUUUUUUUUUUUUUGCAAGGGUGUUGUUUCUUGUUCUUUUGUGUGUGUGUUCCAGCCUGUCGUGCACAAGAGCAUGCAGACUCUCUGAUGGUGCUGAUGCUUUUCUGGGAUCUGUACGCUUAAAAGCUCCUGCACUUCUCUGCCUCUCUUCUCUGAGUCACUGCAAAAAAAAAGCAUUAUAGGCUUUUUAUGUACUGUGGGCGAUUUUUUUUCCUUUUUUCUUCUUUUUUUUUUUUGGAAUUCGUGAUGCACCGUUUGAACACAGUUCCAUCACACUGAGGAUUUUUUGGGCUGAGUCGUGAAGCGAGUCUGAUUUUCCGAGGAUAUAGACCUGGAGCCUCGGCGGGCUUGAUUUAUCUGUCCACAACCGGUCGUGAAUGGCUAGCAUGGAGAACGGCUGCGUGGAUGGGACGUGACCUGCUGAACAGCGUGCGGUGAAGAUGUUGCCUUGCCACGCAUAGCAUCCAAUGAAGGAACCCUUGCCAUGCGAAGAACCACUGGACGUUUCAAGAGUCCUACGUUCCGAAGGUGCAACCUCCCGACUGUUUUGAGCGUAACCAGUCGAAGGAUAUAGUGGAUAUAAAACCAGUGUUGGAGCUUGUAUCACUGUGGGGAGGGGAGGGGAAUUAGUGAACUAUGCUUGGCCAGCUCGGUCAGCCCUGGAGUGCCAUGCAGUUACGGCUGGAUAUGGGUGCCAGCUUGGAGCUGCCCUCCCUGCUUUGGGUGCUGGCCGUGGCGCUACAGACUUGGAUGGGUGCUGCAGAGAAGCUGGACGAGUUGGACCCCGUGGUGACCACGACAUACGGCAAGCUGAGGGGCUUCAAGAAAGAACUCAACAACGAGAUCCUGGGGCCCGUGAUCCAGUUCCUGGGCGUGCCCUACGCAGCACCCCCUACCGGGGAGAGGCGAUUUCAGCCCCCCGAGCCGCCCUUGCCCUGGCACAACAUCCGCAACGCCACACACUUUGGCCCCGUGUGCCCCCAGAGUGUUGUGGAGGGCAGGCUACCUGAUGUCAUGUUGCCCGUUUGGUUCACCAACGGCCUGGAGGUGGUUUCGACCUAUGUGCAGGAGCAGAGCGAAGACUGCCUAUUUCUUAACAUUUACGUGCCCACAGAGGAUGUCAAAAGAAUAUCCAAGGAAUGUGCCAGGAAACCGGGCAAGAAAAUAUGUAGAAAAGGAGGUCCUCUUACAAAGAAACAGAAUGAUGAGUUAGGUGAUAAUGACGGUGCAGAGGAUGAAGACAUCCGUGAGAGUGGAAGUCCCAAACCGGUGAUGGUUUUCAUCCAUGGAGGAUCUUAUAUGGAAGGCACAGGAAAUAUGUUUGAUGGCAGCAUCUUGGCCAGUUAUGGCAAUGUCAUUGUCAUAACCUUGAACUACCGGCUUGGCGUGCUAGGUUUUUUGAGCACAGGAGACCAGGCGGCCAAAGGCAACUAUGGGCUCUUAGAUCAAAUCCAAGCCCUGCGAUGGACUAGUGAAAACAUCGCCUUCUUCGGUGGUGACCCUUUACGCAUUACAGUUUUCGGCUCUGGGGCCGGGGCGUCGUGCGUGAACCUGCUCACGCUGUCCCAUUACUCUGAAGGCAACCGCUGGAGCAAUUCAACCAAAGGGUUGUUUCAGAGAGCCAUAGCUCAGAGCGGGACAGCUCUGUCCAGUUGGGCAGUGAGCUUCCAACCAGCUAAAUAUGCUCGCAUGCUGGCACGGAAGGUGGGAUGCGACUAUCAUGACACAAUGGAACUGGUCGAGUGCCUGCAAAAGAAGGACUACAAGGAACUGGUGGAGCAGGACAUACAGCCAGCACGGUACCACAUUGCCUUCGGGCCGGUCAUCGACGGCGACGUGAUCCCGGACGACCCGCAAAUUCUCAUGGAGCAGGGCGAGUUCCUUAACUAUGACAUUAUGUUAGGUGUAAACCAGGGUGAGGGUCUUAAGUUUGUCGAGCUGGUGGUGGACGGAGAUAGUGGUGUGCAGGCAAAUGACUUUGAUUAUGCAGUGUCCAGCUUUGUGGACGACUUGUACGGAUACCCUGAGGGCAAAGAUGUGCUGCGCGAGACCAUCAAGUUCAUGUACACAGACUGGGCUGACCGGCACAAUCCAGAGACCCGCAGGAAAACACUGCUGGCGCUCUUCACUGACCACCAGUGGGUAGCGCCUGCUGUGGCCACGGCCGACUUGCAUUCCAGCUUCGGCUCGCCCACUUACUUUUACGCUUUCUACCACCACUGCCAGACGGAGCAGGUCCCCGCGUGGGCGGAUGCAGCUCAUGGAGACGAGAUUCCUUAUGUCUUCGGCCUGCCUAUGAUUGGACCCACCGAACUCUUUCCCUGCAACUUCUCCAAGAAUGACGUGAUGCUCAGUGCGGUGGUCAUGACAUACUGGACCAACUUUGCUAAGACUGGGGACCCCAACCAACCGGUGCCACAGGACACCAAGUUUAUUCACACCAAACCCAACCGCUUUGAGGAGGUGGCGUGGACGAGGUACAACCAGAAGGAGCAGCUGUAUCUGCACAUCGGCUUGAAACCCCGCGUCAAGGAACACUACAGGGCCAACAAGGUCAACCUGUGGCUCGAGCUUGUUCCGCACUUGCACACCCUCAACGAGGUCACACAGGGAGUCUCAUCCACCAGCACCACCACUAAGGUGCCUGCGCCAGACGAGACCCCACGGACUCCCAAAAAGAUGCCGGCCAACACCAAGAGGCCCUUCCCUACCCCGUUCCCCACCGAGACACAGGACGGAAACCCAAACCAGAACCACAACCAGCCGUUCCUGGUGGAGCAGCGUGACUACUCUACUGAGCUGAGUGUCACCAUCGCCGUUGGAGCUUCUCUGCUCUUUCUCAACAUCCUAGCCUUUGCUGCACUCUACUACAAAAAGGAUAAGCGGCGGCAUGAUGGGCACAGGCGCGGAAGCCCUCAGCGCACCAACGCCACCAGUCAGCUUGCACCCGUCCCUGACGAGGAGCUUAUGUCUCUGCAGAUGAAGCGCGGCGAGCUGGAGCGUGAGUGUCCGCUCGUCCUGAGGAGCAGCUGUCCACCUGACUACACCUUAGCCAUGCGUCGGUCACCUGACGAUGUACCACUCAUGAGCGCCAACACCAUCACCGUCUUGCCCAGCACCAUCCCGAGCGCCCUCGGACCACUGCAUCCGUUCAACAGCUACGCAGGAGUGCAGCACAACAACACACUGCCCCACCCACACCCCCAUUCGCACUCCACGACCAGAGUAUAGCCACACACAUGCACACACACAUAUUCGCAAAGGAUUUGGGUACUGGUGAAGCAUAUCAGUGCUAAUACAUUUUUGCAGAACAUGGAAUAAACCAUGGAAUUUCUUUUGUCUCCAUUCGGAGGAAAAAGAUCGUUUUAUAUUAGAAAUAUGAAAUGAAGAGAUCAUCGCGGAACAAUUUCAGAUUUAAUGAAAUACAACAAACACAGAUUUUUUUUUUUUUAUCCUGGUAAAAGGGACAAAGGAAGCCAGGCCUAUUUCUUGACCUAGAAAUAUCACUACAGGUUGGCUUGAAAGAGUUACAGAGGCUGUGGCUAGAGGGUGUGUGGGAGGCCCUGUGUAAAUCAAAGAAAAUUUGAUGUUUCUAGAGGCACUCGAUUGUUGAGUACUCUCUGGAGCAAACAGGAGAUGCUGCUUACUUACUUUAGGCAAGUGCUCUCCUUUAGAUGGAAUCAUUGUAAGAUAUGGAAUAGAACAUAAUUGGAAAAAGAUGGUUGGAACUUCUCAAGAAUAUGCACAAUGUCUUGAAAUCUUUUUUUUUUUUUUUGGUCAAUUUUUUUUGGGGAACACUUUUAUUGUAUAGAAUCUAUUUACAUAUCUAGAUAUGUACGCAAAGCUGUUUAAGCUCUGACUCUGGGGCAUCAGUACUGGAGAAUCUGCCAGCAGUUCAUUAUAGCGGGGUGGGAGUGUCACCGGUUUUCUGGCAGAUAUAGCUUCAUCACACAAGUGCUGUCUGGAUGGAGGACAAAAAAGGGGAAGCUGGAUAUUUUUUAGCACGAAGCGCAUGACAUUUUAUCUGCUUGGUGGCUGUUCUGCUGAUUAAGUCUUUAUUAAAAAAAAAAAUCUCCCACUGGAUCUGUUUGAGGAUAUACUGCUCCGAUUGGCUCACAGUUCCAACAAAAUCGGAAAUACGUUGGCGCCGGACAAAGGCGACAGUUCCCAAAAGAAGGUGGGGAAAUUUAAAAGGGGUGGGCAGGGAUAUGCUACAUAGAGUGCAUUCACAAAUAGCUUGAGUGAACGUGGUUAUAAGGACUAGUUUUGUACAAUGUGUCUUGGUAAAACUUUUUAAUAGUGGUGAGUCAGUUGCUGUUUGAGAUCCCAUUUGUGGGAUAAUCAUAGUGUUUUUUAUUUUCUUUUAUUUCUUCUUCUUUAAUUUGCUUGUUUGGGCUUGCUGUAUUCCAUUCCUUUUAUUUAUUUAUUUUAUUUUUAUAAACUUUUACCACUUUUAUCCACUUUUACCUUAGAAAAUAAUCCUCAUCAUGUAGCACAUUUCUCUGACACACUUAUCAGGAAUUCUCCAUAAACAGAAGCCCCAAUAAAUUAAGUUGCCAGGAAUCGUUCUACAUAAUGUUUUAUAUUGAAUGAGAUUGACUGCAUUGAGUUUUUUGUUUUGUUUUGUUUGUUUUUGCUCAUCCCCAUUUAUCGAGAUGGACCCCCAUAGCCCUACAAUGAAUGUUUCUAAAUUUCUCCCUGUUACUGAGAGGCUUUGCUGACAGUAUAGAUUUGAAGGCCCUCUCAUCUUCUUUUCUCCUGCAUCUGAUCACAGCAGGUGGCGAGAUGGCGUCGGGAAAAAACCAGAUGAAUAAAUAAGUACAUUAAUAAAUAAAUAAAUAAAUAAAUA